AUGCCUGAUCUGUCCUUGGAUGGUGGACUGUUGGUCGUCAGCGACUCCAGGGCGAAUGGCAAGGGUUCUGCAGGCUUUGUGCAGGACCGUAUCUUGGUGGGAGGUGGGUCCAGCUUGCACGUGCACCAUGCAGUGGGCGGUGACCUUUCCAGUGUGGUAGCUGCAGGGUGUUUGCAGCUCAGCCCGGGUGCGACGGUACUCCUGCAAGAUGUGGUGGGAGGCCACGGCUUUGGCUUGGAAAAUGCCGACUGCCCCGCAGACUGUGCAAAUCGAACAUUCGAGAUCGCGGCCGGUGCAUCUUUGAAGGCUAGUGGGCAUUUAAGCUCGGGUUUCCUCUCAAUGAACACGUGUCCGCUUGAAGUCGUCCACCUUUCUGACAUACACCUCCAGUCGUGGUCCAGUCCACUGCUGAGCACACCGGUGCACCAAGUGGUAGUCAGAGAUGUCAGCAUUAGCUAUGCGCCGCCGUUGCACGAUGUCCUCGUCUUGGCCACAACAGAUAGCUUCAAAGCCGAUUCGUUGGACGUUUCAUGCAAGGAUUGCGCUCAUGGAGUUGCCUUCAAUGCAAGCGGGAACGAACUGCGUGCCCUGAGCACUCCAUCGCUUGUUUGCCCGUUGGCAGCAUCGGUAUCGGAAGGCAUGCUGCAGCGAUGCACUUGUGCCAACCACCAGACCACCAGGCAGGCAUACGCUGAUCGUCAAGUCGUGAUGCUGCAAGAAAUGAUGAAGACAUGCACUUUCUGUGAACCCCACACUCAGUUCAUUAAUGGAACAUGCCGCAAGUGCGCACCAUACAAAGCUUGGUCGGAUGGCAUGUCUGACAGCUGCCACUUCUUGCCACAGGAUGGCACACAAUUCGGUGCUCUGUUUGCAGCGUCUGCCAGCUGUAUCUUCCUUGCCUUCUUGUUUUACCAGAUCCUGCAAGCUCCUUUGGUUAUCGUAGAUGCAAAAUCGCAGCGGAUCCCCCACAGGCUACGGAUGGAGCAGAGGUCGUUUUCCAUGUCCUUGCAAGGCCCCAUUGUCGAUCUUCCGCAGUUCCUGUCCCGGCAGCUCAAUCGGCAGCUUUGCUAUCGCGUGAAAGGCGCGGGCCUUCAAUGGUUGGACUUCAGCCCCGACAAUGAGAAUGCAGUGAAGAUUCAGAGUGUCGACCGCAGCAAGCUUGAGGUCCAGGAUGCACAUGUUCCAUACGAUUGUGCCGCCGCGGUUGGUGCCUUGUAUGCUACGAACCUCAUGCGUCUGAUGCUGCUACUUUGUGCAACGUUGUUCGUGGUGGUGUUGCUGCCAGUCGCUCUUCAAGUUGCCAUCAUGUCGGGUAAUGGCGUUGCACACGUUCUUGUCACUUCCGGAUACUGUGCACUCCCUUUGUGUUUGGCAGCUUUGAUUCUUCACCCGGCCGUGGCAUGGCUCAUUGAGCAGCACUGCCGCAGAACGCCCUUCGCUAAACUCUUGGAAGACUACCGGUGGCGCAUCCAGUUCGACCCCAACCCCGGCCCGGAUGCAGACAAUCCAAGCAACCAAGGUUUGAUGGCCUUGACCUUGUGGGAGCUUUGGGGGCACUUCGAGAGCUUCAUCCUGGAUCGCAACAUGCAUUUUGUGGUGAGCAACAUAGUCCGGCCUUUGACUCGUGACAAACAAGUGUCCUUCGUGUGGACUACUUUGUGUCCCAUUCCUGGGCCACAAGCUUUGCACACUUUGUACGCUCGAUUCACUGUCAUGCUCGGUCCAGGGAAGGUCAACGUUGGCUGCUUGGUGGUGAUUGGAGAGUCUGAUCCAGCUCGAUCUUGCACUCUUACAUCUCCAGCUCGAAGUGAGAACGUGGUGCUAAGCUUAGGAGUAUGGUGCUUGUUCGAGUUCCUCCUCUCCAAGCAACUCGAGUUGGAGCUUGUGUUUGCAACCGAUGUGGGUGUAAUAGGAGACGAUGGCUGCACCUCCUUCGACAUUGCGCUGGAGCUUGGCAAGAAGAUCGAAUCUUUGCAAGUCGCGAAUUGCUAUGCUUCAAGUGAUGGGGACAGGACACGUAUCUUCGAUUUCAUCGUGUCGUCGUUGGGCAGCCUAGAGAGCAUGGAUGACCAAAUCAGAGACCUCAUGGGACAGAUGCUGGAGAAAAACCUCGCGAACGUGGGCUUUGCCACAAGCAGUCUUUUACAAAG